UGUAUAUAUAUAUAUGUGUGUAUAUACAGUAUACUAACACUAACCACAUCUUUUCUCCUCUUUCAAACUCAUCCAUCCUACUCCUUUCCAUUCAGCUCUGGAUGCACAGCAAUCUUAUUAUAGUGCAUGCACACUGUUAUAGUUUAAUCGUCUGAAUACAAAAAUAUUAGCUAUCAACACAAGGGCCUUGUUAUAAUUUUUUUAUGCAGAGGGAAAUCUAAUUUGUUCAAAACAGGAGUUUAAGUUAUACUCCCUACGAUUUUCAUCAUUCUCCGUAUCUUAUGACAGUUGCUCUAUCUUUUAAAGUCCCGUGAUGUUUUCUAUGGCCGGGUUUAAAACAAUCGAUUUUCUGAUUCAAAUCGAUCUUCUUUUGAAUGAUCUGAUAACGAUUCAUAAAAUCCAGAUAUCGUUAUUUUAAUACAUGUCUUUUCCCAUGGAUGAGUAAAGCUUUAACCCGUUUAGUCUCACGUGGCAAGUCUUUGAUUUUUCGCGCAAACGGGAUCUGGCUACGUGAGACUAGUGAAACAUACAGAGAGCUACUCCCUUGAAGGCACCGCCAAGCCAAAACACAGAUGUCUGGUUGCAUUUCGGAUUUAAAAGCUAUGAAGAGCUGGACAGCAGCAAAAACUGUAUGUACGAUAUGGAAAGUUGAGGUAAAAUCUGGUGGAAAUACCAGAAAUCUCCGAACAUUAACAUUAAAGUUGUUAUGAUGAACUUUUAACUGGUUAUGAAACAAUCUCAAAUUAAUACUGAUGUCCCUAUAUUGCCUACAUCAGUAAACGAGACCAUCAGAGAGAAGAUGGUCUAUUUAGAUAUAGUUAUUUUCUUAAUGCUUGUCAUCUGUGCCACCGGGUCAGUUUCCGCACAAUCUAUGAAAUGCAGGUUCACCACAAACUCCUCCAGCGGAGGUCUCUGUUGGACUGGUCUCCAACAGAGACCAGUCCACAUGGACUGCCAAAAUCAACACAAAAUGAAAGGUCCUUGUAGUAAAGUUAAGAAAACAUUUGUAUUUAUGUUAAUGCACAGUUUAGGGGGUUAAUCGUACAAUUUACAGCAUUACUUUUGUGAGAAUCUUGUUCAUUUCCAAGCGAAAUUGAUAUUGUAACUAAAAUAUUCCUAAUCGAAUCGGAAAUUUAAUCAAUUCGGGAAAUCAGGGGUAAUACCCAGGCAGCGCUAAUGUUUACCAGAGACCUAUGCUCAAAUAAAAUCUUAAAUUUAACAUGAAACUGUUACAGAUUUACUCUCUGAACGGGGCUGACAAGAGACUAGUUUCUUUUGGGACUCUCAUUCCACACCUCACUCUCUUUCAUGUUUUCAGACAUGGCUACCAGAAACAGGUCUUUGUGUCAUUUGUUAUUCUGUUCUUUUUGCAUUUUACAGCACUGAUAGGCAGUAUCUCUCAUACUAUAAUUAAAUGUUUAAGCUGCUAAGUUUCUUUACUGUUGUGUGUUUUGUCAGGGUGCCGAGGCCAUGGUGUUGGAGAGUGUGAUGUUUGCCAUUUUGGCAGAGAGGGAGCUGGGACCUAAACUCUACGGUAUUUUCCCUCAGGGUCGACUGGAGCAGUAUGUCCCUAGUCGUAAACUGGACACAUGUGAGUUAAGCGACCCCAGCAUCUCAGCGGAGGUUGCAGAGAAGAUGGCCAAGUUUCAUGCGAUGAGGAUGCCCUUCAACAAGGAACCCAAGUGGCUGUUUGGAACUAUGGACAAGUAUCUGAGCCAAGUCAUGAGGCUGAACUUCACCAGAGAGUCACACCUGCGCCGCUUCAACCGCCUGCUCGGCUACAACCUGCCAAAGGAGAUGGAUAUGCUCAAGUCUCUUCUGGAGUCCACGCAUUCGCCUGUAGUGUUCUGCCACAACGACUGUCAAGAAGGAAACGUCCUGCUGCUGAAGGGCCGCCAGAGCUCAGACAAACAGAAGCUUAUGCUAAUUGACUUUGAGUACAGCAGCUACAAUUACAGGUAAGAUGGCAACUGCUGUAACACAGAUUUCAAUGAGUUGAUCCUACUCACACAUUUUGUCUGUUUAUUCGCGUAUUGAUAUAUCUUCUUUAUCUGUGCCAUAGAGCUCAGUUUUUGCUCAAAAACUAUAAAAAAAACAUAUCAAUGAGCCACACUGGGUGACAUGUUCCUUCAUUACAGGGAACAUGGGCACUGUAGUUCAUUUAGAGUCGAUCCCAAAUACAGCGUUCUCCUGCUGGUAGUUCUCAUUAGUGCUCAGAAGUAUUAAAUGUGUAUUAAUCCGCAGCUGUACUCCAGUUUGAGUAAUGUUUACUAAAAACUACAAUGCCAAGCUUUUGUGGUAAAUUACAUAGCAUUAAAAAAAAAAAA